AUGGCUACUAAAGAAAAAACGUUGGGCAGUGGUAAUGUCGGGGCCUUGUUCAAAGAUGAUUCUAAACGUCGUGCUAUUAUGGACUACAUUGUAAAAUGCAAGGAUUUGCGUCAGAUUGUCUUGUCUUCUAUUACCAAAAACGAGUUCAUCGCUGAAAUAACUAGACGUGAGAACGAGGGGACCAGUCAAUACAAAAUCGAGGGUUGCAUUCACUACAUUCGGUUUAUUAUUCGAACCGAAGGUUUGUAUGCCAUCCAAAUCAAUCGAUUGUUAGCUGAUUGUCGAAUUGCUUUGGGUAUUGGUCCACUCGAAGGAGACGAUGAUGACGAGUUUGAUGAUGGCGUUGUCCCUCACUUGAGGACGGGAUGA